AUGAGCUUAGCCCGUGGGGAACAUAUUAAUCGAGCAAUAUUAAAACCCAUAAAAGUGGCGACAUAAAAGAAAACUAAUGAACAUCAUUCCUCCGCAACAAAUACUUGCCAAACACAAUCGAAUGAUGAAGAAGUACAGAAAUUUAUUCGACCUGAUCAACUUUGGGCAAUGCUAUUAGCUGUCAAUUCCACGCCAACACCGAAUAUGAAGAAGCUGAUCUCUUUUUUGUAUUCGAUUCCCGCCAGUAAUGCUUAUGCUGAAAGUGUAUUUUCUGAACUCAGACAUUUCCUGAAUGAUUUUCGUAAUCGAAUGACAGACCAUUCUAUAUCGGCUGAACUGCAGACUCGUCGAAAUGCCUCUAAGUUAUGCACCGUUCUAACAGCAAAUACACAUUCAACAAACAACAUGUUCAAUAGUUUUGUUUUUCACGAAUUCAAAGGAAAAUUGUUAACGAUGUGA